AUUUUUGCUGGACUCUAUCAAAAACAGGGUAGGGCAACAUGGGAACAGAGAAAGGGUUUCUAACUUAGCUAUUUUGCCACUCCAGGCUUGCCAUUCAAGUAUCUACAGAAGACAGGCAAAUAGACAAAGGUGGGGGGCGGGGGGGGGGGGUUGACAUCUGGGAACUUUGACAAACUGGGGAAGUAUGCAGGCAUAGUGUUGCCAGAACUGCUAGUUUUGUUUUGCUUUUCAGGGAAAGCCACAGAUCUGAAUUUUGUGCGACCUGUCUUGAUUCUGAAGUGCUUUAAAUGAAUCCAAAUUUUGAAAAGGGGAGUCAAACUAAACAACCCUGCAGGGCAGAUUUGGCCUUGGCCUGCCAGUUUGCCAUGCACUCUUCCAUCUCUCCCUCUGACGAAAUACUGAGGGUAUACUUUUUUAAGCACUGGAAAAAACAACAGUGAGCAAGCAAGACACUGGUAUGGAGCUUCUCAAGCUUCAGUAUGUGUAGGAAUCACCUGGGUAGUCACGCUGAAAGGCAAAUUCUCAGGAGGUCUGCAGCAGGACCUGAAAAGUUGCUUGUCUAACAAGCUCCCAGGUGAUGGUAAUGGUGGCGAUCCCUGGACCAUAGUUUUGGUAGCGGUGCUCUGUAAGCCAGAGGGGCACAGGAGCAGGUGUUAUUUGAAGGAAAAGGAAUAGGGACCUUGACAUGAAUUUGGAAAUUCUUCGCAAGCAUCCUGUUUUACUUAGAUUUUAGUGUAUUGGGGGUAUCUCAGAAGAGAGCUAGUAACAUUGGAGGCGUGUUCUAAGGUUCUCCCAAGCUGUCUCUUGGCGCUGCCGGCUCUCUAUUCUGAGUUUAUAUUUUAGAAGGCGGGGUGGAAGUGGAGGAAGGUGUUAAGGAAAGCUUAGUGAAACGAGGUACUUCCCGGGCAGCUGAGAGGAGAAGAAACCCGGAACUCCAGCUCUGGCACUCCUCAUUUCCCAGGCAUCCCACGUGUCUGCAGUUCAUGAGUUCCUGUCAAUCAAAUCCCCCCGCCCCUUCCCCAGCCUACCUGCUACGUAAUGUGUUAAGGCGGCUGCGGUGCCUAGCGCACCCAGAGUGCCGCGCGGCGGGCGGGUUUGGAUUUUAAAUCCCCGCGGCCAAUCAGUGGCGCGUAGGCUUUUGUAACGUUCCCGGCGCCGCGUUUGAAUUCGAGGAGGAGCUGAGCGGUGUCAAACCUCUACCUAGACUCGGGAGGGCCACUGAGCAACUCCGGGAACAUGAGCACGGCAGCAACAGUAGGGAAGCUGGCGCGGGCAUCAGCCGACCCAGGGAAAGCCGGGGGGCCCGGCGCUGCAGCUCCGGGGCCCCCGGCGGCUGCCCCGCCGGGGAAGGAGAUCCCGGAGGUCCUAGUAGACCCACGCAGUCGACGGCGCUAUUUGCGGGGCCGCUUUCUGGGGAAGGGCGGCUUUGCCAAGUGCUUCGAGAUCUCGGACGCGGACACUAAGGAGGUGUUCGCUGGCAAGAUCGUGCCUAAGUCGCUGCUGCUUAAGCCGCACCAGAAGGAGAAGAUGUCCAUGGAGAUAUCCAUUCACCGCAGCCUCUCCCACCAGCAUGUCGUAGGCUUCCACGGCUUUUUCGAGGACAACGACUUCGUGUUCGUGGUAUUGGAGCUCUGCCGCCGGAGAUCUCUCUUGGAGCUGCACAAACGGAGGAAAGCAUUGACUGAGCCUGAGGCCCGCUACUAUCUGCGUCAGAUCGUCCUUGGCUGCCAGUACCUGCACCGAAACCGGGUCAUUCACCGGGACCUCAAGCUAGGCAACCUCUUCCUGAACGAGGAUCUGGAGGUGAAAAUAGGGGAUUUUGGACUGGCAACCAAAGUCGAAUAUGAUGGGGAACGGAAGAAGACCCUGUGUGGAACUCCUAAUUACAUAGCUCCUGAGGUGCUGAGCAAGAAAGGGCACAGUUUUGAGGUGGAUGUGUGGUCCAUUGGGUGUAUCAUGUAUACCUUGUUAGUGGGCAAACCACCUUUUGAGACAUCUUGCCUAAAAGAGACCUAUCUCCGGAUCAAGAAGAAUGAGUACAAUAUUCCCAAGCACAUCAAUCCCGUGGCUGCCUCCCUCAUCCAGAAGAUGCUUCAGACUGACCCCACUGCCCGUCCCACCAUCCAUGAGCUACUCAAUGACGAGUUUUUUACCUCUGGCUAUAUCCCCGCCCGUCUCCCCAUCACCUGCCUCACCAUUCCACCCAGGUUUUCCAUUGCUCCCAGCAGCCUGGACCCCAGCAACCGGAAGCCUCUCUCAGUCCUCAAUAAAGGCACAGAGAACUCCAUGCCUGAGCAGCCCCGAGAAAAAGAGGAACCAGCAGUCCGAGAGACCAGUGAGGCAGUGGACUGCCACCUUGGUGACUUGCUGCAGCAACUGCACAGCGUCAAUGCCUCUAAGCCCUCAGAUCGGGGGCUGGUGAGGCAAGAAGAGGCUGAGGAUCCUGCCUGCAUCCCCAUCUUCUGGGUCAGCAAGUGGGUGGACUAUUCGGACAAGUAUGGCCUUGGAUAUCAACUGUGUGACAACAGCGUAGGGGUGCUCUUCAAUGACUCAACACGCCUUAUCCUCUACAACGACGGUGACAGCCUGCAGUACAUAGAGCGUGACGGCACCGAGUCCUACCUCACUGUGAAUUCCCAUCCCCACUCCUUGAUAAAGAAGAUCACCCUCCUUAAGUAUUUCCGAAACUACAUGAGCGAACACUUGCUGAAGGCGGGGGCCAAUAUCACACCGCGGGAGGGUGAUGAGCUGGCCCGGCUGCCCUAUCUGCGUACCUGGUUUCGUACCCGCAGUGCCAUCAUCCUGCACCUUAGUAAUGGCUCUGUGCAGAUCAACUUCUUCCAGGACCACACCAAACUCAUCCUGUGCCCACUGAUGGCUGCCGUGACUUACAUUAAUGAGAAGCGGGACUUUCGCACAUACCGCCUGAGCCUCCUGGAGGAAUAUGGCUGUUCCAAGGAGCUGGCCAGCCGGCUCCGAUAUGCCCGCACCAUGGUGGACAAGCUGCUGAGCUCACGCUCGGCCACCAAUCGCCUCAAGGCCUCCUCGUAGGCCUGUCCCCUCUGGACUGGUGACCCUCCCCCCCCCCUCCCCCCCCCAGCACCUUGGCCUGUUGUGGUUAGCUCCCACAGUGCUGGUUUCUAUAGUGUGUCCCCAACCCUGGUAGCUGUGGAGAGAGCCAUAGCAGGUGGGGGCUGCUGUGUAAGUUAUUUUUGUACAUGUUCGAGUGUGGGUUCUGUGGCCCCUUCCCUUCCUUCUCAACCCUGCCGUAUGUACAGAAUAUUGCUGUUGGAUUCAGGACUGUCCUUUCCUUGCCUUUAUAUAUAUUAAACACAUGAGAUUUUUU